CGUAAGUAAUUUGAUUUCCGCGUGAAAGUGGGUUGUUGGAACUUGAAAAUAGCUGAAAAAGCAAAAUAGUUUUGGUAAUUUCGAACUUCGUCAUGGCGUCCUGCCAUGUUUAUUUGUUACAUUUCUUUGUUUCAUUCUGCGUUGCAUCAAGCUAAGACCCUUGGUGUGACUUUUGCUUUUCCUUACCACUUAAAACAGCAAUUUCCUGUACUUCUAUUCUGAAAAAUGGCAGGAAGAGUGAACAACCAAGCUUUCGUUAGUCUGGCCACAAAUAAUGGAUACGCUUUGGGAGCGCUUGUUCUGGGUCAUUCUCUUAGAUCAGUCAAUACUAAUCGACAACUUGCCUUGAUGAUCACACCAGAGGUCAACAUUCAAGUCAGACAAGAAUUGCUCGCCAUUUGGGAUCGUUUAGUAAUGGUGGACAUUCUAGACAGUGAGGACACUGCAAACUUGGCAUUACUCCAGAGGCCCGAUCUUGGCAUCACAUUUACAAAAUUACAAGGAUGGAAAUUGACUGAAUAUGUAAAAUGUGUCUUCCUUGAUGCAGACACUCUUGUUUUACAAAAUAUUGAUGACUUGUUCAAUCGACCAGAGAUUUCAGCUGCUCCUGAUAUUGGAUGGCCUGACUGCUUUAACACUGGAGUGUUUGUUUUUGUCCCAUCAAAACAGACAUAUGAUGCUCUUGUUGCUCAUGCAUUGGCGGUGGGAAGUUUUGAUGGUGGAGAUCAAGGUCUUCUGAAUUCAUUUUUCAAUGAUUGGUUGUUUCUUGGACCUGAGCAUCGCUUGCCAUUUGUUUACAAUCUUCAUUCAAAUGCCAGUUACUCAUAUUCUCCAGCUUUUAGAAGGUUUGGUAGUAAUGUCAAAAUAGUUCAUUUCAUCGGUCGUAAAAAGCCUUGGCAAUAUUCAAUCAACCUGGAGACGGGAAAAGUUGUUCAUGAUUAUGGUAUUAUAUCAGUUACAUCUUCCGAACAAUUUAUACAACAAUGGUGGGACGUUUACAACGAAAUAGCUGCUCAUAAAGUUACAGAGGACGUUGAGCAUCAAACGCCAACAGACCACCACCAUACAGAUGCACGACAAGACCGUAUAGACCCCUCACCACUGCACUUUGAAUAUGAUACUGAUGACUCGGAAUGCUCGGGGAGCUCUCAGGAUGACCAUUAUUAUCCCGAUACACCCAGUGAACAAACGGUUUCGGGUGAACCGACGGUUCCGAAUGAACCAAUGGUUCAAAUCCCUUUCCCGAACGUAAUUCCUGCAUUCCCAUCUUCUCCUACGGGUUGGUUGUCACCUCAGUCUCACGAAAUAAAUCGAAUUUCAAACAACAUGGGAAAUCUUCAAAUUCGUCUUUUAAACGAGGAUGCUGAUGAAUCGACAUCGUCUCCAUCACAGCCCAUGUCUGGUCGAUGGCGAUGGGAGUAUGGUCAUAUAGACUACGUUGGAGUUGACAGAUUUGAAAACAUUGAAAGAAGGUUAAACGAAACUCUUUCGAGUUAAAUUUUCCUUUUCACGGAUCGUGAACCAUUGUCGCGUGCACUUAAUACAAGAAAAGAAAACUUAUUUGUUGACGUGUAAAUCAAACUUAUUACCUUGUAUAUGAUCACCUUGAAAUAACGUUAUAUUAAUUUGGAAAAUAGAGUGUUUAGUUUUCAA